ACGGACACACAACCAUGCGCAAAAGGCAUUCGGGUAGACGCGGCCGUGCUGGCAGGCUGCGUGUAACGGAACGCGACAGAUCGUCCGCUUGCGAUCUCAUUCGGUGUUUGAAUUUUCACGUGCGCUUCGAUAUUUAAAUUACAAUCUAAGUACUUGAAUAGAUUUAUAAAUAAUCGAUACGAUAUUAUACUAGUGUUUGAGUGUUGUGAAAUUUUUAAAAAGUGUUUAAAAUUAUUUCAGUGCAGUGAAAUAUUUAUUUGACACGAGUUUGCUGUGUAUCGUGGUGUAAAACUCCUGUGCUGUUUUCUGGAGGGUGCAGCGGAAAAAACGGUACUAUUACAGAUUCGAGUGACGUCACGAUAUCCGGAAUUCCGUUAGUCGUGUUAUUCCUGAUCAAGUAAACAGAAUUCUAACAUUUCGCAUCGUCACGUCCAAAUGCCGUGAAUUAGUAAUAUGACAUCGGAUGCGGACUCUCUCUGACACCAUGGCGUUGCGGGCCUGUAUUGUGCUGACCGUCCUCUGCGUUGCGACGAUUCCAGUGUGCGCGUCCCACAGGCAUGGGCACGACAUAUCUACCGAAGACCCUGAGAUCGUCGAGGCGCACGACAACACCACACAUCAUGGCAAGGAUCGUGGCGGAUGGUCGCAAUGGAGCGAGUGGUCGCUUUGCUCGCGGACCUGUGACGGAGGCGUCUCCAGGCAAUUGAGGACCUGCUCCUCACCAGCGGGCUGCCGCGGCGAGCCGGUGCGGUACAAGAUAUGCAAUAUGCAGCCAUGUCGCGCCAACGUCUCGCUACUAGAAGAGGAUGUGUGGCGCGAGCAACAGUGCGGCGCGCAUGACGGCACGCCGUACGGCGGCGAGCUGUUUCACUGGCGCGCGCAUCGCGACGACGCCGAGCCGUGCGCACUCACGUGUCGCGGCACGCCGCACCACUCCGGACAAAAAGCUGAGCCGACAGUGUCGUUAGACGAAGAUGACAGAGUAGUGGUAGCUGUCCUCGCUGCGAGAGUGUCUGACGGGACGAGAUGUCGUCCUGGCAGCCUGGACAUGUGCAUCGAUGGGAGAUGUCAGCGCGUAGGCUGCGAUCUGCGAGUUGGUUCAACGCGACGUGUGGACGAGUGCGGCGUGUGUGGCGGCGACGGGUCUUCGUGCUCCCGGCCGCGGUAUCACUGGCUCGCCACCCCAGGGUCGCUGUGCUCUGCGACUUGCGGAGGAGGCUACAAGAUGUCGCUAGCGGUGUGUCGCGACCGGUUGACAGGGUCGGAUGCGCCGGAGCAACUAUGUGACGCGUCCAGCAAGCCCCAGGCGUCCGUGGUGCGCUGCAACACACACCCAUGCCCGUUCAAAUGGUACGUGGGCGAGUGGUCAUCAUGUAGCGCGACGUGCGGUGGCGGCGUGCGCUCGCGCCGCGUGCUGUGCGCGCGCUCCGCCAACACCACCCGCGCGGACACAUACCAGCCAGGCACGAGUUCAGAUCCUGGGUGCGUGUCGCCUGCUCCACGCGCCUCCCAGCCAUGCAACACGCAUGACUGCCCCACCUGGGCUGCUGGACCUUGGUCUGGGUGUUCAGUGUCGUGUGGAGAGGGGGUGCAAGUGCGAGGAGUUGAGUGCACGCCAGCAGGAGGGGGGUGUGAUCCCGCCACGCGACCAGAGAUAUCCCGCCCCUGCUCCACUGGCAUCAACUGUCCAGCUUACAGGGAAUCUGAUGAACCUGAGGUAUUACCCCAGGACGAUAUAGAAGACCUGCUCCCGGGCGUGGUGUACCACACACAACCUCUCAUCCAACCGUAUCCACCGGCCAAGGCAGAAAGGCUCAUUGGAGAACCAGACGUACCAGUAGAAGCCACCUACAUUAAAGACGAUGAGUGGAGUCCAUGCAGCGUCACUUGCGGUGAGGGAUGGAGGAAAAAGGAAGUCCAUUGUAAGAUAUUUUUGGAGUUCAGCAGAACAAUAGCAAAGCUGCCAGACAGCAAAUGUAUGGGUCCCAAGCCAGCUGAAGAAACGGAGAGAUGCGUUAUGGAACCAUGUUCCAUGGCCUAUGGGACCUCAUACGGAGACUCCAGCGCGCCUUCCUAUAGUGGAGCUGACAGCAGGUCGCUGAUAUAUGGCACGUCUAGCAACAUUAGAGUCGCUCCCGGCUCCCCCGGGAAAUCUUACUCUUGGAAGGAGAAAGGUUAUACCAGUUGCAGCGCGUCUUGCCUUAGUGGCGUGCAGGAACUAAUAAUUCAAUGCGUAAGAGAUGAAGAUGGAAAGAAUGCAUCACCGUACAUGUGUGAUCCAUUAACGAAGCCAGAGAACAGAGUGAGGACUUGCAACGACCAUCCCUGUCCACCCAGAUGGAACUACACUGAGUUUUCGCAGUGCACCAAAUCUUGUGGCAUCGGAAUACAAACCCGAGAGGUCACCUGCAUACACGAGGUGACCCGCGGCGGGACCAACACGGUAGUGGUGCCUAACAGCAUGUGCCCGCAGCCGCCGCCGCCCGACCGUCAGUACUGCAACGUGCUGGACUGUCCAGUCCGCUGGCACGCUGGCGACUGGACCAAGUGCUCCAAGACCUGCGGCGGCGGAGUCAAGCAGAGAGACGUGGAGUGCAAGCAGAUAAUGGCGCAGUCCCACGUGGUAGAGCGGCCGGCGUCGCUGUGCGCCGCGCCGCGCCCCGCUCACACCAAGCCCUGCAACACGCGCCCCUGUUUGCUCGACACCGCCGCGCCAGAGAUAUCGCUCGCCAACUCUUCGUAUAUUCAGCACGAUCCUAAGAAAAAGAAGGUAACGGUAAAAGUAGGCGGUUCCGCGACGAUAUUCUACGGAACCCAAGUGAAGAUCAAGUGUCCAGUGAAAGGAUACAACAGAACGAGGAUACAAUGGGCGAAAGACCAUCAAAUCAUAUCAAAAUCCAAGAAAUACAAGAUUUCUAAAAAGGGAGCGCUUCGCAUCACGUCCCUGUCCCUGCGCGACCACGGCGUGUACACGUGUGUGGCGGGGCGCUCCAGCGCCAACCUCACGCUCGUGGUGAAGCCGCGCCCGGGCGAGUUCCCCUCCAGCGAGGAGAUCGAGAGGCACAAGGCCCUGGACGAGCCCUCCUCGCCACUGUCGGACAGUAGAGCAGACGGGCGGUACCGUGCAAUGAUCGGCGGCGCCUCCGACGACCAGUCGCACGAGCAGCGACCAGGCGACCAGAAGAAAUACAAGAACAGGCAGAAGGGUAAAAUAGAUAAAGUACGAGAAACGCUGUACGGAUCAACAGCAACGACCAGUACAAAAGCAACACCAAACUACAACUCACAAGCGAGGGAUAUCUACGACGAAAAUGAGGAGAGCGCGGUGUCUUCCCGGAUGCUUCCACCCAAUCGGAGCAGUUCCUCCAGAGUCCUCCCAUGCCUGCAUUACCUAGUCAUGCAACUACAGAUGUUUUGGAAUUUCCAGACGAUCGGCAAUUCGCGCGGACAACGCACAGUCGACUCUAUAAUAAUGUACCAGAACCACGGUACACCUACCAAAACGCGAAUGGUUACUAUGAACGACAAACAAUUUGUGUUCCCCGAAGACGAUGACUCCGAUAUUAUUAUAGUCAACGAGGAUUAUAACAAACACUUCGAUGCUAGAGUUGAGAAUUUGAAGGAAGAUGACAUUGAAACUACUACAGAAGUUGGCGUAACAGAAUCAUUUGACGCAAAGGAGUUUAUUUGGAUGACGACGGAGUGGUCUCCAUGCAACGCGGCCUGCGGCCAGACCGGACAUCAAGUCAGAGGCGCUGUAUGUCAGCAUAAGACCUCAAAUUCAACAACGACAGUGGAGACCAACGAGUGUGUGCUGCGAGGUUUGACGCCGCCGAAGGUGGUCCGAGAGUGUGGUGGGGACAACUGCGCCAUAUGGAGGAGUGGGCCUUGGUCGCAAACCAGGUGUCUGGCCAGCGGGGCCGCAAUAGCCCGUCGGCGCGUGGAGUGCGUUUCGGACAACGGCACGGUGUUGGGCGAGGCGGCGUGCGACGCUGUGGGCCGGCCCGAGCGCGUGCGCAGGCACCAGCGCCGCUGCGACGCCGCCUGGGACGUCGGGCCCUGGACCAGGUGUGUAGGCGUGUGCGGGUCUGGGCGACAGCACCGCGUGUUGCGCUGCGUGUGGCGUGUGGUCGGCGCGGGCGCAGGAGGCGCGUCGGGUGUGGUGGGCGCGCGCGGCGUGCGGCGGCGCGAGCGCGGCGCGGCGGGCGCGUGCGACUCGCUGCAACGCCCUCCCGUCAUCAGGGACUGCGUACUGCCGCCCUGCACCGGGACAGAAUCAGCGUGUCGCGACACGUCCCGUUUCUGCGAGAAUGUUCGCGCAAUGAACAUGUGCGCGCUGCAGCGGUACCGAGCGCACUGCUGCAAGACCUGCACCGACUGACUCUAGUGACCAGUGGCACAGUGAUACACGGGUAAUUUAGGGGUGGUUUUUCAAUCAUGUUGGGGUAAGAUCGGAUGUUUGGGUAAAAUCGGACGAUGGUGAAAGAACGGAUGUUGUGGUAAGCCCAUGAAUCCAUCGGUCUCAAUCGUUCGAUCUUUGGGUAUAUUUAUGUAGAUUCGAAUCGUGUUAUGUACUUCGUGAAUUACUCUACCAUUGAUUCAAAUUACUGCUAAACCCUUUUCUUAAUUAGUGAGAAAAAAUUAUACUACUUAUAUUGCAAAAUGGCAGUUGAGGUCGUCGUCGAGGUUGGCAGUACUUUUGAAUGAACUAUCUUCUCUGAUUCGAACUUACCCCAACAUUAUAUAUAAAGUUUAUUCAUAAUAACACAAAUUAAAAGUUGCAGCUCUACGAUUAAGGUUUAUAUUCAGUCGAAGUAUAUUUGAGUUGUUAUAGUGGAUUAUGUAUGCCGAUUGGAAAAUCAACCCUCUUUGUAAUAAAUUGUGUAAGUGAAAUUCCAGAUAAUUAUAGUAUCCUCAAUCCAUAGCCUAUAAAGUCACGUCUAAUGGUGUCCAUUCCAUUACGUUUCAUAUCCCACUCUGCCAACAACAACAAAAAAGCAUUUUAACGCAAACUACACCGAGCACUUGUGCCUCCAACUUUAAAGUUAAAAUUUAAAAACUCACAAAAAUGUAACAGAGCAAACAAAAGUAAUACACACGCAAUUAGCUAGAUCAAUUUCUGUCGUAAUAGCAAAAAACAUUGCCAAACAAAACGAAACAAUAUUACGUCUCGUUUAUAUGUAACAAUUGACAAGGGUAUUGUUUGACAUAUGUUUUGUGCCGACAUCCGCCGGUUUUGACGUCCCGUUUCUUACGUUACAUGAAAAGAAAUGGAAACGUUAACAUUUUUGAAUAGACAUUUUCUGAAUGACAAAACUGUCGAAAAUAUGAUAGUAUACGUGAAACGGGUUAAUUAUUUCUCAGUUUGGUGUUUUCCCGCCUAAUUUCGACAUUGUCCGCCAUUUUCAAUAAACGAUUCGAAACGGUUUUUUCGAUCUAUUUAAAAAUGGACCAAUCAGAAUAAUGCAAUUUGACAAGUUUACAAAUGAGUUACUUUAAUUGGUUCAUUCUCGAAAUCGGAUUGAAUAUUGAGAUCGAUUAUUGAAAACGGCUUUAAAUGUAAUAUAUAAAUUUUCAAUAACUUUAUAAUUAUAUUUUGAUAAAUUUUUAAUCUGCGUUACAUAUUAUUAUUCACUUCCGAAAUAAAUAAAUAAAAAAUGGUGUCCUGAAAUGCUGAGAAAAUUCAUUCCUUGCUUCCCUAAAUUAUUAAACAUUUAAAGUAACUUCUGAAAUAAAUAAAUUGAAAAUGGUGUUCAGAAAUGCUCAUAAAUAAAUUUUUUGCUUUAACAUUAACAUUUAAAGUAGAUACGUCAUACAGAUUAUUUUCAACCACCAUUUUUAAAAACACGUACGAAGUUAUAUUAAUUGCCAUUUUUAUAAUGGAAUCUCUUCUUUUCUAUUUCUUUUGAUGAUUACGUAAUAUUUUUUUCGCUAAACACUCCUAAACAUAUAACUUGAUAUCAACGUAAUUAAAAACACCGAAUUUUACGUUUCGGCUCAUCCAAUAACUAAGACCAUUUGAGUAUUAUCUGGGAUUUCACACAACUAUUUUACCCAUCAAUACAAAACGCAUAUACUAGGGGCCUUAUUCUCUAUGCCACAUUAUAACAGUAUGUUACAAUAACGUAACGUAUCGCGUCGCGUUCAAGAAAUUGGAAUAAAGGAUACCAUUCCACAGUAAUCACAAAACGUAACAAACAUUUUCACUGUUAUAGAGAAUACGGCCUCAGGAACGUUUUAUUUCAACUAAGCACAAAAACCAUAGUUCUAGUCUAACGCACCGAGGGUGCUCCCUCGAAACGUUUUAGAUUUUAGACAUUUUGUACCAUAAUACUGUUGUAAAUAAACGGACAAAACCGCACGCUACGCUUAGCUCUUGUAUGUAAACAGAUGCACAAACGAUAGUUGAUUAUAUAGAGUAGAGAACAUUGCCAAAUUAACACGGGGAAGUGUGGUGCAAGUGGUAUUUGGAGGAUAUUUAUAUUUACGGCGGAUCAAUCAAUCCAUCUUCGGAUCGACUGUAAAAAUUAACCAAUCGGAAUGAAGUUUGUAGUACUUAUAAAAUAUGACUACUAUUAUAAUUUACAUAAUAAGACUUAACCUUUCAUGUCUCAGGAUGGCGAGCAGUGGAAUACCGAACAAUACUUUAUAAUUCAAUAUUUGAUUGUGUUUUUGCUGUUUAUGGGCGGUCGUGUCGCUUAACAUCAGGCGAACGGCAAGCUCGUCUCGUCAUUCAAAGCAAUAAAAAAAACUUACGUUGAUUGGUUGAUUCUGACUAUUGAUCCGUUGUUAAGGGUUGUUGUUAUUGAAAGGAGCGUUAGUAAAAAUGAUAAUAGAUCAGUUGCAUUGACUUGAUAAUUCAAUUCGACAUAAAAAUGUCAUAAAAAACUUGCAUUUCUAGCAAAUCUUUCUCUCUUUUUAAAUUAUCUACGUAAUUAUAAAAACUAUAAAGACUACUUAAUAUUAUACCUGUAUUAUAUACUGUCCCACUGCUGGCCACGGGCCUCUUCUACUAAGAGGGUUUUUAGGGCUUGUUCAACCAAUCCGUGUGGCUUAGCAGGCUUCACAUACCUUCGAAAUUCUUACACAGAACUUCUCAGGUAAUCAGAAUUUCACACGAUAUUUUCCUUUACCGUUUAGGUAAGCUAUAAUUCAUAAAAAUAUAACUUUGUUUUUAGAAAAGUCAGAGGUGCAUGCCCUUGGGUUUUGAACCUGCGGACAUUCGUCUCAAUCCGUUUCACUCUCAACUAGGCUAUCGCCAUAGUUAAAUUAAUCGAAUUGUUUAACAAUUUGAUAGUAAAUUAUUAGCUUAAGCUAUCGAGCUUAUAUGAAUCUCGUUUAGCUAAUUAUAACCUAAAAGGUUAGACAAUGUGUUGGAUUUUUGGUUAAACAAAUUGCUAAAGUCUGCCUCCGAUGGUUGAAAUAGUGUAUCCAUAAUUUUGUAUUUUUGUCGGAUAGUCUUUCGACCUUCGGUGGCAAAACAUUAGCUCCAUUUAGACAUUUUCUCCUCCAAAUAUCACUUAAAAUUAAUGUUAUACGCGUACAUUUAUUUUCACUUAUACGUAUUAUAUGUAUAUGGGAAUGUGUAAUUUAAAAAUAUAUAUUGUAGUUAUGGAUAAGAAAUUUCUGAUAUAACUUAAAAGCAAUACGAAUCGCUUAAAAUUAUAAUGUGUAUAUGCUGUUACAGAAAGUGUUGUUAAGACGAGCGCAGAUAGUGGUUUAUGAACGCAACAACUCUAACUUCUUAGUUAUCGAGAUUAUUUACUUAAUUAAGUACCAACCCUAUAUUAUAACAUCCCACUGGUGGGCACGAGCCUCCUCUAAGUACUAUUGAGAAGGUUCAAGCCCUAGUCCACGUUGGCUUGAUGCAGAUUCGCAUUUUGUUUCCUUGCAACGCCGUAUGGACACCAAAGUUAAUCGGCAUUUUGGCUUAACAACUAUAUAUUGAGGCAUUAUGAACUCUAUCGAUAUAGAAACAAAGCAUUUAUUGAAAUACCGGUACUGCUAGAUUGAAUAAUAUUCGAUUUUUAAACGCAUUAUUAUCAAUUGUACAAAUUCGUAUUUUUUAAAUAAGUUCGUAUAUAUUCGUACGUUUAUACGUACGCAUGCGUUUUCGUACAUCGCUGUCUGCGCCGUCCUCUGUUCAUGGAACAGAUUAGUGAAUAUAGCCAAUAUCACUUUGUUUGAACAAAUAUCAUUUUAAUGUUUAGUGCAGUAUUAUUAAAUAAAUUUAUAGAUAAACAAUAUGUUGUCAAUUGUUAGGUGGUCUCCACCCUGUAUAUAAUAGCUAUAAUAAAGGAAUUAUUUCAAUUAUUGACAUGUGUCUUUGAGUUACGGCUAUCAAUUGGGAGAGGAAUUUUAGGAGAAAAUAUUUGCUUCUAAUAUAUACGAAUGUCUAAGUGGCCUCUAGACUUUGAGUACUGCUGAUAAAUACUGAGAUUUAACUGAUUCUGAGAUUUAAUUACAUUAAAAACGAUAUAUCUUUUAAUUCAUGCUCGGAAUUACUAAAUAAAACAAUUUUUCCUUGAUCUUUUCAAAUAAAAUUGUUUUUAAAUUCUGUUAAAGGCGCCCGCGACGCGACGUAAACAUUUGUCAUAUUUUAAGCCCAUUAAUUUAGUUUAUUUGUUUACAAUGCUAGUCAGUUUAACAAGUUUGACAUAAUCUUGUCCAAUAAAUGACACUUGAAAUCAAUAUUUCGAAAUCAGACACUUUUCGUUAAAGCACAUACGUAUAUAAAUUUACGAGUGUAUAGUAAAUUCUAAAAAAGUACUAAGGGGUCAACCUUAAAUAAAACAAUGUGACACUUGGCCUGCACAACCUCUCACUAAAUACUAUUAAUGCUAAAUAUAGUGCUGUCUUCUUCUACUCUAAAUGAAUGACAGUGACAGCACGAAGUUUUAAAUAUGUAUAGCGCUAAACAUGUUUAGUAACGUUGUACAAGCCAGCCUUAGAGCCUUCCGAUGUUGUUACCUAAAAUCAAUAAUUAUCAAUUUUAUAUAGGUAAAGGAAUUGAUUUUAAAACAUGAAGUGAACAUACUCGCACGCUAUAUCUGAAUCAGGCAUUUGUCGCGUUCUAUUUUUAAAAUGUGUGCCAGCCACUGGUGCAUCUUCAAUCAAUAACCAAAUGAGGUUUUAGUGCAGUUAAACGACAAAAUCUGCGCAUUAAAAACGCACGAAUCCGUCAUAGCAUCGACGCCUUAAGUAAAGAAUGCAGCGAUCCUAUUGGUGGAUUUUUGAAUUUAGAAUUACAAAACUGACACGAAAAACAAAAGAGUAUCUUUAACACAUACGAAGGAUAUAAUUAUUUAAAUAGUUUUUAAUAGAAAUGCUUUGUCAGGCUUACGAUUAGUCAUAAAAUAUGACCACAAUUUUUUUAUGCGCUCCAAAAUGACUAAACCGGGCAUCUGAUGGUGAGUUUAAUGCAGUACAAAAUCUAAAAAAUAUUUUUAACUCAUUAAUUGAAUUGCGUGAUGGUUUUAUUCAAUAAAAUCAGAUUACAUCGGUUUAUUUUUUAAAGCUCUCAAGUUGAAUUGCAUAGUAGGAUUGUGAACCUUAUGUACUUAAUAAUAAAAUACACCAAUACUUUCAUCCAAUGUACCCAAACAGUUAUUCCAGAACCAAAUAUUAUUUAGUGCCAUUUGUUAUUAUAAAAUAUAGACAUGUUUAUCAAAAUUGACGCAUUCCAUUAUGAUGUUCACAGCGUUGUUAAUUUUUAAGAGUUAAGUCCAAAUUGUACAUUGUACCAAGAAUUUUCAAAAUAAAAAUGAAUAUAUAUGAAUUAUACGAAUAAGUUACGGAU